AUGCCAUCAACCUUUGGAUGGGAUCACUUCCCUCUACCUGCUGCCGACAAACGGCAUCAUCAUACACAUACUACAAAUACAGCAGCAACAACAACCGACUUCGUCGCCCAACAAGACACCCUCCACACCAUUACCCGCACACGCACAAACCUGACUGCCGCCGAACGCGCGCGGCGCAACCUAAACACCAAACUCGCCAAUCCUCUCGCCGGGUUUACGCACGACGAACUCAAAAAACAAGGUCUGCGGUUCAGUAUUACGCACCAAGUUGGCGAUGAAGAGGAUAUCCGCGCGUUUGAGUUUGGUGCCGUGCUGGCGCAGGCACCGGAGAAAUUCGAGGAGAUUGAAGGGUUGACGGAGGAAGAGUUGCAGGUGUUGAGGCAGGAGUUUACGAAUAGGUGGUCGCAGCCGGUAUUGAUGUAUGUCGUUAUUGGGAUUUGUUCUAUAUGCGCUGCUGUGCAGGGGAUGGAUGAAACUGUGGUCAACGGCGCCCAAGUCCUAUACAAAAGCCAAUUCGGCAUCGACGGCAACGACCCUCGCUCGACAUGGCUGCUCGGUCUUUUGAACUCAGCGCCAUAUCUCUGCUGCGCUAUUGCGGGUUGCUGGCUCACAAUCCCCUUCAACCACUGGUUCGGCCGCCGCGGCACAAUCUUCAUUACCUGCGUCAUCUCUUCGCUGGCAUGUAUAUGGCAGGGCUUCGUCAACACCUGGUGGCACAUGUUCGUCGCCCGGUUCGUGCUCGGGUUCGGAAUCGGUCCCAAAUCAGCCACUGUGCCCAUCUACGCCGCCGAAACGAGUCCGCCCGCGAUCAGAGGCGCGCUGGUCAUGCAAUGGCAGAUGUGGACUGCGUUUGGAAUCAUGUUUGGCUACGCCGCUGAUCUAGCGUUUUUCAAGGUACCCGAUCCGCCGCAUAUCUGCGGCUUCAAUUGGAGACUCAUGAUGGGCUCGGCGUGUAUACCCGCGAUAUUAGUGUGUUUGCUGGUAUUUGUUUGCCCGGAGUCGCCGAGGUGGUAUAUGAGUAAAGGACGGUACGACAAGGCGUAUCAGGUCAUGUGUCGACUGCGGUAUACGAAGUUGCAGGCUGCCAGGGACGUGUAUUACAUCUACACGCUGCUAGAAGCGGAGACGAGUAUGCGACUCGGUCAGAACAAGGUGCUUGAGUUGAUUACCGUGCCGCGCAAUCGUCGUGCUCUGCUUGCGUCUGAAAUUGUCAUGUUUCUGCAACAGUUCUGCGGCGUCAAUGUAAUAGCCUACUACUCCUCGCAAAUCUUCCUCGAAGCAAACUUCUCCCCCAUCUCCGCCUUCAGCGCCUCCCUCGGCUGGGGCGUCGUAAACUGGCUAUUUGCCAUCCCCGCUGUUUACACAAUCGACACCUUCGGGCGCCGCAAUUUGUUGCUUUCCACUUUCCCUAUGAUGGCCAUAUCCAUGUUCUUCACGGGUUUCAGCUUCUAUAUCCCCGAAACCCAUCACACAGCUCGAAUAGGAUGUAUUGCGUUGGGGAUAUUCCUGUUUGGUGUCGUUUAUUCCCCCGGCGAAGGGCCCGUGCCGUUUACGUAUUCUGCAGAAGCGUAUCCGUUGUACGUAAGGUCGUAUGGAAUGUCGCUUGCGACUGCGACGACGUGGUUUUUCAAUUUUAUUUUAGCUAUGACGUGGCCUUCUCUAUCAUCUCGGUUCACGACCGCGGGCGGUUUCGCGUGGUAUGGGGCAUGGAAUGUUGUGGGUUGGUGGUUGAUUUUGAUGUUUAUGCCGGAGACAAAAGGGAAGACGCUGGAAGAAUUGGAUCAGGUGUUUUCGGUGCCGACGAGGUUUCAUGCGGAAUGGGGGUUGAGGCAGAUUCCGUAUGUGAUUAGGAGGUAUCUGUUUAGGCAGAAGCAUUUGAAGCCUGAGGUGCUGUAUGAGAUGGAGGAUGUCAAUGAUGGUGGUGGUGGUAGUGGUGGUGGCCCGAGAGGGGAGGAGGAUGGGUAUAGGGAGUUGGGGUUGAUAUAA